AUGAGUAUCAAUUGGCGUGAGAGGGGUUUUCGCGUUGCAGCCACUGGGCUCGUCGUCAGAAGUGCGGUCAAGAGCGUCCAAUCGUCGCGGCGGUCGACAGCUGAAGUCGGAAAAGGAGGCGGCGGCAAGCAUUUAAGGUUUGCUGCCGGAGGGCGUAAGGGGCUAGCUCCCGCCUUUGGUGCAAUCGAGCUUGGCUGGGGAUUGUUUCAGCGCACGUCUUUUCCCACCUCUUCUCUCCAACACACACGUCAAAACCAUCUCUUCCAAGACCAACCCGUGGAAGCGCCGCCCAUGAGUGGACUCUUGGUGGAGAACAAUGGCCAUGUGACGGGAGGAAUACGUUUCUUGCAGACUUUGCUGCGAGCAAUACGUGCAGCCUACAGCGAACACGAGCCCACAUCUGCGACACCAGUUAACGAGUCGACUCGACGCAGCGUUACACCUGGCCCAAACUGGCGCUUAAGCCCCAGCGGCCGACAUCAGUUGGCCAGCAUCGAUGCUAGUUUAUCGUCGAGUAUCGUCUUCCACCGUGUCGAGUUCGAAGGCUGGAACCGAAGAUCUUCGUUCUGGCGACGCCGAGGCUCGAUGUGA